GCCAUGGCGCCCGCGCUGCUCGUUCUGCUCGCCGCAGCCGCCUUCGCCGCCGCCGCCCCCGCCGCCCACGCGCCGCACGGGCAGAAGACCGCCAGCUGGGAACAGCAGCUGCUCGACCCCGAGGACGACCCGGAGGCUCUGCCGCCCGCCUGCGACAGCGAGGUGUACUGCCAGGGCGAGCUGCUGCACACCGUGCAGAUGGCGCAGCUCUUCGACGACUCCAAGACGUUCGUGGACAUGAAGCAGCGGCAGGCGCCCGCGCAGACGCUGGCCAACUUCGAGGCGUUCAUGGCGGCGCAGGACGGCCAGCCGGGCCGCGCGGCGAUCGCGCGCUUCGUCGCCGACAACUUCGAGGAGGGCGGCCAGCUGCUCAACUGGACGCUGCCCGACUGGCACAGCAAGCCCGCGCUGCUGAGCCGCAUCGCGGACAGCCGGCUGCGCGACUGGGCGGCCUACCUGAACGGCGAGUGGCCGCAGCUGGCGCGCCGCGUGCCCGACGACGUGCGCCGCAACCCGGACCGCUACUCGCUCAUCUACGUGCCCAACGGCUUCGUCGUGCCGGGCGGCCGCUUCCGCGAGUACUACUACUGGGACACCUACUGGAUAGUGCAGGGCCUGCUGGCGACUGACAUGCCGGAGACGGUGCGCGGCGUGGUGGGCAACCUGCUGUACCUGGUGCAGCAGCUGGGCCACGUGCCGAACGGCGGGCGCGUCUACUACAAGGAGCGAGCGCAGCCGCCGCUGCUGGCGCCCAUGGUGGAGGCGCUGGUGCGCCACUGCGAGCGCGCCGGCUGCGAGCAGCGCACCUUCCUCGCCGGGGGCAUCGCCGCGCUCGACACCGAGUUCCAGUUCUGGAUGCGCAACCGCACCGUGUCCGUGGGCGGGCGCCGACUCGCGCGCUACUUCUCGCCGUCCAGGGGGCCGCGGCCAGAGUCCUACAGUGAAGAUUACAUCAUUGCCCAUGGAUUAUCUAAUGACUCUAAAGUCCAACAACGUCUUUAUACUGACCUGAAAUCAGCUGCAGAAUCAGGGUGGGAUUUCUCUUCAAGAUGGUUCAUAACAAAUGGAACAAAUGAAGGAAAUCUAUCUAACACACAUACAAGAUAUGUUAUACCAGUUGAUUUGAAUGCAUUUUUAUGCAUGAAUGCCAGAAUUUUAUCUGAAUUUCAUACCUUACUGGGAAAUAAUGAGAAAGCUGGUUAUUACACAGCAAAAAUGAAUGAAAUAUUAGAAGCAAUUGAUGCAGUAUUGUGGAAUGAUGAAGAAGGCAUCUGGCUUGACUAUGACAUGCUAAACCAAGUAAGCAGGAAUCAAUUCUAUCCCAGCAAUCUGGCACCUCUCUGGACAGGCUGCCACAAAAAGUCUAAAAAGGAAAUACGUGGUAUUGUAUCUUACCUAAAAGACAACAACAUUGAAAAUUAUCUUGGAGGGGCUCCAGCAUCCUUAAUUCUCACUGGUGAGCAGUGGGACUUCCCAAAUGUUUGGCCCCCACUUGAAAACAUUUUAAUCAUGGGUCUGCAGAAGACUGGUGUAAGAGAGGCCACUGAAUUUGCAUUUGAGCUGGCACAAAUAUGGAUACAUGCAACAUAUACUGGCUAUAUACGCUACAAUAAUAUGUUUGAAAAGUAUGAUGCUGAAAAGCCUGGAGAAUUUGGAAAUGGAGGAGAAUAUGUGGUUCAACCUGGGUUUGGGUGGACAAAUGGGGGUAUCCUCGAGCUGUUAAAUGAAUAUGGACAGAAUCUCACUAUACCUGACCUGCCACAAUACCAAAGCAACAGAACUACAAGUAAUGGAGCCAGCACUUCCACUGUUCAUACUGCAGCCGCCGCCUCCACGGCUGCUGCUGGUGCCGCUGCCGCCACAUCGUCUGGCUCCCGUGCUCUGACCAUAGGGCAGCUAACCCUCUGACCGAACAUGCUGAGCUACCGUGCUGCGAGCACUAUCGGCACUCUCGGCGAAAAGCGUUUACCAUGUGGGUACAUAAGGGGCAGUUGUAAAAGUUUCUUUCCUCGAUUUCUGGAAAAGUAUGCAUUUGUGGACCCUAUACCUCAUCAUGAAAAAUGCUCUAUUUACUAUCAUCUAUCAAUCCCGCCAAUUUUGAGUCGAUUGCUCGUCAUGACCUUUGGGGGCAAUUUUCUCAAAAACAGGAGGGUGUUGAGCUAAAAAUCUCAGAGUUCUUCGUUUUAUGUUGUACACAAGUGACCUGCUAAGUUUGAGCUGAAUCGGUUGGCCGUGUUGGAGGCCUUCCCCUUGUGAGUAGGUAUCUUAUUUUAAGAGAUGAGUGUUAUUGUUUUACAUGGGCGAUCAAUGACUCUACAUUUAUGCUUCUUGGUCAUUAGUUUUCUUUAAUCCAAAAGUAUUUACAUUCUACAACAAGUUUCCUACAAUGUUUAUACAUGACUGAAUAUAUUUCAUAUAUAUGAAGAAAAGGAUUUUAGUAAGCAUCUUGAGGUUGAAGCUCUUCUAUUUGUGUUUUCUACCAAAUAGAUUUCUUUUUGAAGGAAGUCCGCCUUGUGACACAAUUUUAUCUUUUCUUCUAUUUCCCAGAUAAAUUUCACUGAAGUUUCAGCAUCAUUGACCAGCCUUUGCAUCUUCAGUGGGCUUUUCUUUCUUGUUACCACAUGCUGUGGUUUUCCUAGUUUUUUUAUUGCACUUAUUUUCUUUGGCAGUUUGUUGUUUUAUCUGGUUCCUGGUUGUAAACAGAUGCAGCAAAAGUUACACAGUGCAGGUUUUCACAGUGAGGAUAAUGGGGACACCAGAAAAAAAUGACAAACUGUGAAAGAAAACAGGUUCAAUUAAAAAAACACAGGAAAAGCACGGCACUUCCUAACAAGAAAGAAAAGAAAAGCCUGCUGAUAAUACUGAAACUUUAGUGAUAGAUGUGGGAAAUAGAAGGAAAGACAAAAUUGUGUUUUUCUCAAGGUAGAUCCCCUCCAAAAACUAACUAGGACUUUCGUACUUUACCUGAGAUAGUGUCAACUAUAUGAGAGGGUUUUUUUUUUUUUUUUUUUUUUUUUGGUAGGGAGUUAAUUAUAUUUUUAAUUUCUUUGGCAGAGCUUGGAAUAAUUGUAAUUUGCCUGGGUCUAUGAGACAUUGCUUCUUGCAUAUAUCUACUGUCACCUUCGUAUUUGUUAGUUACUAAUUGAGGACUUCACGGGAUGUGGGGCCGGGAUGUUAUCCUUGCAUCUGGGUAUGAUUACCCACUAACCCAGUCACAUUGAGAAGGUAGAUAAUGGAUGAAAUGUGAAUGAAGGUAGCAGUUUCAAGGGCAGAGGAAAAAAUUGCAAUGGCAAGUGCCAAGAGAAAGAAUCUCUGUGAUAGUCUGGUUAGGUAGUAAGAGCAGUAGCAGUUUCUUGCUAUCUGAAACAGAUCAUACAAGGUUAGGUUGGUUGUUAAGUUUUGGGUAUCACGCAAUGCUCAGUACUGUUGUCACAGCUUAGGUCAUCAUAAAUAGUGUCACUCCAUUCGAGGAGAGGUACUGCUGGGCCAAGUCUCCUGGGUCAGUUGCAGCAUCUGCGUCUGUAACAUAUCAAGAUCAUUCUAUAACUCGUCAAUUGGUCAUAAACUAAUCACUAAGUAAGGGUUUUGAAUGGGUUUGUUUGUGUUGAGUGUGCAAUAUGGCUUCCCUGGAUUGCCAGCUGGUCGACUAGUUUACACCUGGUCGUGCCAGUUAAUUUUGCAGUGCUGAAGGGGUUCACCAGUAUUUGUCAUUUUUGUGUGUUGGUGUUACACAUAGAAGGUUAAUUGUCCCUAAGUAGUGGUAUUUUUGGGUAGUUGUGUUUCCACAUAUGGUUGUGAUAGUAAGGAUGUUAAGGAUGAAAGGAUUGUUAGAGUGGCUUGUUUUCUUGUACAGUCAUAUGGCAAGUUUUCUGAAUACCUCAAUGAGAGACUCAAGGCGGUAUUCUCUCUGAGGUACUUCAAGAAAGUGGUUAUUAAAUAACUUGACUACUUGAUUGUUAUUAUUUAUUGGUUUGCCAUUUCCUUUAACAACAAAUUC